CCGUUUUGAUAUAUAACAGGUCAAGCUAUGUCCUCCAACGUUAUCCUACUAGGAAACUAAGGACAAUAAUUCACUAGUCUUCUUGAAGAUGCACUUUAAUAGAGUUUACGCCACAUGCUGCAGGUCACUAGGCUCACCAGGGUGGCCAGUUUGCUCACGUGAUGAAGCUAGCUAGGUUACUUUCGGCUCAUCUGUAGCCUCCGUAAAGAUGCCUGAUUAUUUUCCCUUCUUUGAAGAACGAUGAUUUCAACUGCCGCAGAAGGAAUGAGACGAUGGGAGCUCGUUUCCGACAGUGUAUCCUACAGAGCUCAUUGUCCCCUGAAUUAGAGCGAGCUUCCGACCCUACCAUCUCCUUUUCCGUCAGGCGCGUGCGGGAACAGCCCUGCGGGCACGCUGGGUCCUUUCGGUCCGCGGGCGCCGGCGCUUACGUCACUGUUCGGCGCCCAGUCUGCGGGGUUUUCCCCCGGCUCCUGCAGAGCCGCUGUCUCGAUGUCCUUGCCUCGGUGUGCCCUGCUGUGGGCUCGGCUCCCGGCGGGGCGCGGGGCUGGGCCCCAGACGGCCGCCUCCUCCGCCCUUCGCGCCCUCGUGGGGCCGUUCCCCGGGGCUCUAGGACGCGCUCCCUGCCUGGCCGCCUCCUCUUCUGCCUCUGGUGGCUCCAAAGCCCCGAACACGUCCUUGUUCGUGCCGCUGACAGUGAAGCCCCUGGGUCCCAGCGCCGACGGCGACGUGGGCGCCGAGCUCACUAGGCCUCUGGACAAGAAUGAAGUAAAGAAGAUCUUAGACAGGUUUUAUAAGAGGCAAGAAAUUCAAAAACUGAGUGCUGAUUCUGGACUUGAUGCUCGCCUCUUCCACCAAGCUUUCAUAAGCUUUAGAAAUUACAUUAUGCAAUCUCAUUCUCUGGAUGUGGACAUUCACAUUGUCUUGAAUGACAUCUGCUUCAGUGCAGGCAAGUGCUUAGAGAAGUCUUUAAUUUGUGUGUGUGUGUGUGUGUGUGUGUGUCUCAAGGCUCAUGUCAACCACUCAACAGAAAGCUCCAGCGAAUUCCUCUGCCAGCCUAGGACUCGGCACCGCAUCUUGACUGAGGAGUUCAUGGAGCUAGAGACAUCACCCUUUCUCCUAGCUCUGAGCCGGUUGUCCAAGCACCUGGUCAUCUAG